AUGGCCCUUGAUUUUUUGUCUGCACCUGCUUCCUCAGUUGAUGCCAAACGUACUUUCUCUGAUGGCCAUCUACAAGUGAACCAUCUUCAACACAGUAUCAGCUCUCAGACCUUCAAGGCGCAGGUUGCUGUUGGGUCAUGGUUCAACACACCUCUUAUGCUGGAUCUCAGUGUCACCACAAAUAUCAUGCGGCAGAAGAUGGCAAAGGGCAAGGAAAAAGAAACAGGCAGGGUGGUGUCAUCAAAAUCGACUGUGAUUGAUAUUGCAUAG